AUGGGACUGUCAGAACAGGAAAUGUGGGCAAUCUCAGUCACAGAACGGGUCUGCUCGACAAUUUCCUUGAUGGGCACGUUCGUCAUUGUCUCCACGUUCAUCUGGUCGACUUCUUUUCGUAAACCUAUCAACCGGCUCGUGUUUUAUGCAUCGUGGGGUAAUAUCAUGGCCAACGUAGCCGCUAUCAUAAGCCAGGAUGGAAUUCAUAUAAGUGAUGAUAGUGCGCUAUGUCAGUUCCAGGGCUUCUUAGUUCAAUGGUUCAUGCCCGCCGACGCCCUAUGGACCUUUGCGAUGGCAUGCAACGUCUACCUAACCUUCUUCCACAAGUAUGGCUCCGAACAACUCCGCCAGCUAGAAUGGAAAUAUGCCUUGUUCUGCUACGGCGUACCCUUCAUCCCAGCUUUUGCAUACUUCUUCGUCAAAACCCAGGCUCGAGGUCGGGUCUAUGGCUCUGCAAUCCUAUGGUGCUGGGUUGCAGUACCAUGGGACUUCCUCCGCAUAGCCCUCUUCUACGGACCAGUUUGGUUCAUCAUCUCACUAACAUUCGCCAUCUACCUCCGAGCAGGAUCAGUAAUCUACCAAAAACGACGCCAACUUCGAAACCUCGGUUGUAUUGAUUCUCUCGAUCCUGAUCUAGUACCUCCUGUCUCCCCCUUUGCUACAAUGGCUGGUAUCCAGGUUACCAGGGAGAUUGACUGCUACACGCCUGAGCAGCGGACUCCUAGUGGUGGACCACACGGUCUUCCGUCCGCUGCUUUCAAGCCAUACUCUGUUACCAUUCAGGGUGGGAGGUUUGGAGAUGUACCGCUUGAUUUGGAGCAUAGUUCGAGACCAGCUCCUUGUCCGCUUCAGAGCGAUGGUCAGGCUAGGGCUGGGCGAGCGAAUAGGGAAUCUGUUUCGCAGCGGAGGUCUAUUGCUACUGAGGCUAAUUCGGCUGCUUGGGCGUAUACUAAGUAUGCCAUGUUGUUUUUUAUUGCUUUGCUUGUGACUUGGGUCCCAUCUACGAUCAACAGAGCCUACUCAUUCGCUCACCCAGACAGUGUCUCAUUCGGUCUCAACUUUGUUGGUGCUUUUGUCCUUCCACUUCAAGGCUUUUGGAAUAGUCUGAUAUACGUCUCGAUUUCAUGGCCGGCGUUCAAAUUGCUUUGGCAGGAUAUUCGUGCACACAUAGAUUUAUGCCAUAUAUCCCGUUUCAAGGCAAAGAUGAAACCUGCUCAUAUACGAAAAGGUUCCACAAGCUCAAAAAUUCCUGUUAUAUUGGAGGAUGAUAGUAUGCACCAUUGA